AUGGCUGAGACUUUGGACCACGGUGGAGUUCCAGCUAGUGACGAUGGUGGUGGCCGUCCAUCUAGAGAUCAUCCAAACAAUAUCUCCGACAUGUUUCCAAGCAACUUCCCCGAGGGUUUGCGAGUGUUAGUAUUCGAUGAAGAUCCUGCGUAUCUUCUCAUAUUGGAGAGGCAUCUCCAAGAGUUUCAAUACCAAGUGACUACAUGCAAUGAAGAAGGUGUUGCUAUAUCUCUACUCCGCAACAAUAAGUUCGACAUUGCUAUGAUACAAGCUAAUAAUUCAAAUGGUGAUAGGAUCCGGUGUAUCUCGGAAAUCGGAUCAGAAAUGGAUCUUGCAAUAAUCAUGAUAUCUAAAGACGACUCGAUACAAUCGGUGGUCAAGUGGAUGAGUACCGGUGCUAUUGACUAUCUCAUAAAACCGAUAAGACCCGAUGAUUUGCGGAUAAUAUUUAAACACGUGGUAAAGAAGAUGCUAGGAAGGAGGAGUCUUGUGACCGUAGAGGCAGAAGAGAAAGCAGCAGGUGAGAAGUCAUCCUCGGUGGGAGAUUCCACCAUAAGAAACCCUAACAAGAGACAACGAAGUAGUUCCCCUAAUGCAGAAGUCAACGAGGAGGAUCAUAAUGAUCAUGAUCGUGUUUGUGCUUCUAGCUCCAAGAAAAGACGGGUCGUGUGGGACGGUGAGCUUCACAAAAAGUUUCUAGACGCCGUGAAUUUUCUGGGACACCAUAAAGCUGUUCCCAAGAAAAUUUUAGAGAUCAUGAAUGUUGAAAACAUCAGUCGAGAAAACGUAGCCAGCCAUCUCCAGGUAACGUUUCUUAUUGUAUGUAUACUACACAUCAUUAUAUUGUUCAACAACCAAUACAUAAAAUCAGUCCAUUAG